UGUCACGAUUGGCAAGUGGUGCACACGAAAUUGACUAAUUUUGUACUCUAGUCGAGCUUUAUCAGAAUCGUGGCCAUGCCCCGAGAACUACAAAUCUCGUUAAAAAGCCCGGGAGAGCUUAAAUAGCGGUUGAAAGCAGUUACAAGAAAAAAGGGGAAGAAAUCCCCAGAGUAAAGCAGAUGUUGGCUUCUUGGAGGCCCCGGCCCGUUUUAUCAACUGGUUGUGGUAAUUUCAGGCGUGGGUUUUGCUGCAGAGCUGAGGAUCAAUCAGUUUCUGUUACUCAACGGCAGAUCAAGAAGAAAGUUGUUGUCGUGGGUUCGGGCUGGGCUGGACUUGGUGCUGCUCACCACCUUUGCAAACAGGGAUUUGAUGUUACAGUUCUUGAAGGUGGAUAUGAACUUGGCCCCAAGACCAAGUCUCUCAGUCCUGAUGAUGCUGGUAUUCGAGGUUUCUGGUAUCCCUACCGUAAUAUAUUUAAUCUAGUCGACGAGCUUGGUCUUAAACCCUUUACAAGUUGGACGAAAUCGGCACAAUAUUCAGAAGAAGGUCUGGAGGUUGAGUAUCCAAUAUUCCAAGAAUCGCCACAGCUGCCGACUCCAUUUGGGACAUUAUUCAACACCCAGUUUGUUCGCCUGCCCUUCACCGAUCGGUUGACAUCCCUUCCUCUGAUGGCUGCAGUGAUUGAUUUUGACAACACAGAUGCUGCUUGGAGAAAAUAUGAUCCAAUCACUGCAAGGGAGAUUUUGAAACAAUUUGGAUGCUCGGAGAGGCUGUUUCGGGAUGUUUUCGACCCGUUGCUUCAAGUGGGAUUGUUUGCUCCAGCUGAGCAAUGUAGUGCUGCUGCAACUCUCGGAAUGCUAUAUUAUUUCGUUUUAGCAAACCAGAAAAAUUUCGAUUUGGUAUGGUGUCGUGGAACAGUUAGAGAUAAAAUUUUCCAGCCGUGGACAGAAUCCAUGAAAAUCCAAGGCUGCAGAUUUCUGGAGGGUAGGAAAGUAACAGAUGUAGUGGUUAAUGAGGAAACAGGAUGCAUCUCUGAAGUUAUAUGUGAGAAAGAGAGUUUUAAGGCUGAUGCCUUUAUAUUGGCUGUUGGAGUCUCCACCCUGCAGGAAAUUGUCCAAAGCAGUGCAGCAUUAUGUGGAAGAGAAGAGUUCCAGAAAGUCAUGAAAUUGAACAGCACAGAUUUGCUUACUGUUAAGCUUUGGCUUGACAGGAAGGUCAAAAUUCCAUAUGCAAGCAAUGUCUCCUCUGGAUACGACGGUGCUUGUGCUUGGACAUUUUUUGACUUGGGCGCAAUAUAUGAUGAGCAUAAAGACAGUGUGUUAACAAUCGUUCAAGCUGAUUUAUAUCAUGCCAAUGACUUGUUGCCUCUGAAAGAUGAUAAAAUUGUUGAGAGAGUGAUGUCUUGGCUUUCAAGGUGCAUCAAGGAGUUUGAAAAUGCUAUAGUUGUCGAUAAAGAAAUCGGAAGAUUUCCGAAAUUCCUCACCCAUUAUUUCCCAGGUUCGUACAAGUACAUGAUGAGAGGAUCUACAUCUUUUCCUAACUUGUAUAUGGCUGGAGAUUGGAUAGUAAACCGUCACGGUUCAUGGUCACAGGAAAGAUGUUAUGUGACUGGAGUUGAGGCUGCGAAUAGAGUGGUGGAGUAUGUAGGCGAAGGAGAUUUUGGUAGAAUAGUAGGUGUUGAGGAAGACGAAGCGCAUAUUCAGACACUCAGAACCUUCAAUAGAAACCUCAACGACAUAAGAGCACAGCUUCCAUUCUCCAACUAUUUUCUGCAGUGAUUUCUGAACACCAAAGUAAAUGGAAAAGCCUUUGCCUUUUGGACCUUGCAACUCUUUAUGAUAUGGCCUCGUCCAAUUUCAACUGUAAUAACAAUGCUAUAGAAUAGAUGGGAAAUGGGAGUUGAAAAUAAUUCUAUGUUGUUUCAUUCUUGACCAUCAUAUUCAUACGUGUUUCCCUUAUC